AGAUAAGCUUUGCGGGAAAGCGAGGAAGCAUUGCCUUCCAGUCGGGUCUUUCUUUGCCCUUCUGGGGUUUUGCUUUUCGUUUUUUGUUUUUCUUUUUUUAGAUGCUUUCCUGUUCCUGUAGAGACUUUGCUGCUUUGCUCUCAGACCUAAGUGACGCUGGUGGAAAGAUCAUGACUGAAGUCCUCCUCUCGGCUGCUCUGAAUGGAACUGAACCCAACCUGCUCUCCAGCAGCGGCUGGGCUGCGGGAAAUGCCACCACCAAGUGUUCCCUGACUAAAACUGGCUUCCAGUUCUACUACCUGCCCACCGUCUACAUCCUCGUCUUUAUCACGGGAUUUCUGGGCAACAGUGUGGCAAUCUGGAUGUUCGUCUUCCACAUGAGGCCUUGGAGCGGCAUUUCAGUUUACAUGUUCAACUUGGCAUUAGCUGACUUCUUAUAUGUCUUGACUCUGCCUGCCCUCAUCUUUUAUUACUUCAACAAAACAGACUGGAUCUUUGGAGACAUCAUGUGCAAGCUGCAGAGGUUCAUCUUCCACGUGAACCUUUACGGCAGCAUUUUGUUUCUGGCUUGCAUAAGCGUGCACAGGUACACGGGGGUGGUGCAUCCCUUGAAGUCGCUGGGGAGGCUGAAGAAGAAGAACGCUGUUUACAUCAGCACCCUGGUGUGGGUCGUCGUUGUGGCCGUGAUCUCUCCCAUAUUGUUCUACUCGGGAACGGGGAUACGGAGAAAUAAAACCAUCACGUGCUACGACACCACAACCGACGAGUACCUGAGAAGCUACUUCGUUUACAGCAUGUGCACCACGGUGUUUAUGUUUUGCAUCCCCUUCAUACUGAUUCUUGGUUGUUAUGGGCUAAUAGUGAAAGCUUUGAUUUACAAAGAUUUGGACAAUUCUCCUCUCAGGAGAAAGUCGAUUUACCUGGUUAUUAUUGUGUUGACAGUCUUUGCUGUGUCUUACCUUCCCUUCCACGUGAUGAAGACCUUGAAUCUAAGAGCCAGAGUGGAUUUUCAGACUCCACAGAUGUGUGCCUUCAACGAUAAGGUUUAUGCCACCUACCAGGUGACGAGAGGUCUAGCCAGCCUCAACAGCUGCGUAGACCCUAUUCUUUAUUUUCUGGCAGGUGAUACCUUUCGAAGGCGGCUUUCCAGGGCCGCCAGGAAGUCAUCGAGAAGAAGCGAACUCAAUGUGCAGUCCAAAAGUGAGGAAAUGACUCUCAAUAUUUUAUCAGAGUAUAAGCAGAAUGGAGAUACGAGCUUGUGAAGGAAUGCAAAAGAUUGGGGAGCAGUUUGAAAAAAUCCUCCUCUCUAACACAGUAGGACACUAUAGUGCUGCAAGUAGGUGAGGAAAAUCUGCCAGUCUCUCAAAUUCAUUUUAGGGAGAGCCGCAUUUUCUGAUCGUAGAAAAAACUUAACAAAGUAAGUGGAAAAAUUUUAAUCUUAAUGGAAAAUAACGUAUCAAAAUUCAGCUUCUCUUCUCCUUAAGCUUAUAAUAUUCUCACUUCUUUCUGACUUGUGUCGGAUAAAGUAAAACAAAGUAAAUCCCCUAAAGGAAAAAAGCCAUCAAAGCGCGUCUGUUUUAAUGACGUAGACUCCCACGUUCAAACAAUUUUCUUUGUUACCCUCUGUUUAAGAAUAGGAAAUAAAAAUCGGAAAGAAUAGAAUCUUCUUUUAUCUGAUGCUCGGUCCAAAUCUCUAGCCUUAGAUCUAUCCCUUUGCUGACUUGCCAUUGCAAACUGGUGUUUAAAUCAAACUCAUGAUGCAGUUAUCUCACCUUUAAAGUUCUGUUAUUUCUUCAUCUACUUUUAGUGUUGAUAAUUAUUUGCUAGUUCGGUAGCAUUUAUGAUUCAGUCUUCUUUGAAUGCUGACUUUUUAUGAGCAAUGGGCAUACUGGUAUGUGCACGAUGAUGCUGCCAGGUUGUUAUGGUUGUUCAUGAAAAAUCUGGACCCCCUGUAAAGGCAUAUUGGCGCCCAGGCAGGGCAAACGACACCUCAGCUAUUUGCACAUACAGAUAAACAGAUAUCUCGCUGCAGCUCCGGGCUUUGCACAUACAAGUAACGGCAUAUUUUGUGAACAGAUACGGACG